AUGGGCGCCCACUCCCCAUCCGCGCUGCCAGGCACCCCGCCCCUGUUGCGCACUGCGCCAGAGCCACGAGGAUUCCGGAGUGGCUGGACGCUGCUGGCGCGGGGUUCAGUAGGCGAGGCCCGCUCAUCCCCCACCCCACCCCGUGUCGGGGGACAAAGGUCACCUGGAGAGGUCCCCUGGGACACUCAGCAGCCCCAGGUCCUCGAGGCAGCGUUUUCCCUCCUGGCCCUCUGGAUCUCCGAGGAGGACUCAGGCCGAGAGGUUCCUGGCACUGGGCAGGAACAAGUGACUGGACCAGAAGACUUGAACACAGGGCCCCGUGCUCAGCUGGGUUGCACUGAGAAGCUUCCCUGGACUUGGUCCCUCCGCCCCGCUCCUCGGCAUCCUGGCGGGAGCGUGCCAAUAACCCUGCAGGAGGACUGGUACCAGAUCAUGGGUGUGGACGGUCAGAAGUCGCUGAUGGUGACUGGCAUCCCGGUGGACUGUGGGGAGGCUGCGACCAAGCCAUCCUGCAGGAGACCUUGAAGUCGGUGGGGCCGGUACAGACUGCUUGGGAAGAUCUUCCAGAUGCAGGAGAACACUAGUGCCCUCCUGCUGGAGCUACUGGAAGAGCUGGAUGUCUCAGGGAUCCCGAGCAACGUGCUGGGAAAGGAGGGUGUCUGGAAAGUGAUCUUCAAGAUCCCUAACCAGGACACUGAGUUUCUCGAAAUACUAAAGCUCUUUCUAGAAAAAGAGAGCCAGACGGUCUCGGGGAUGUUCCGAGCCCUUGGGCAUGAGGGAAUGUCUCUGGCUCCUGUCCCCUGCAUCUCCCCAGGGCUGCUGGCCCAUUUGCUGGGACAGGAGAUGGCACAGGCCCCUAAGGCCCUCCUGCCUCGGUACCAGAAGCUGAAGGUCUUCUCAGGGAAUGCCAUGCCUGCCCCAGAGGAGGAGCCCUUUGAGGGCUGGUGGGAACAGGCCACAAAGAUAGUCAAAGUGUGGCCCAUCACUGAGGUGGGAAAGAGGAGGUGUGUUGUGGAGAGCCUGCGGGGCCCCACAGAUCUCAUGUGCAUACUUCAGGCUGGCAGCCUGUCCAUCAGCACAGGGGUCAAACAGGUGUUCAGGAGCCCAGAAAGCCCCAAGUCCUCCCAGGUGAGGUUCCUGAGGUUCUACCAGAAGGAGGGGGAGAAGGUCUCAGCCUAUGUGCUGCAGGUGGAGACCCUGGUCCAGAGGGCCGUGGAAAGGUGAGCCAUCCCCAGGAACAUCGCCAACCAGGUCCUCCUGGAACAGGUCAUGGCCAGGACCAACCUCAGCAAGGUCCUGUGGUGUCACCUCAGGGAGCUGAAGGACCAGGAGUAGCCACCUGGCUUCCUGUAGCUGAUGAAGGUGAUACGGGAAGAAGAGAAGGAGGAGGAGGGGGAGGGCUCCUUUAAAAAUGAGAAUAUGUGGGAGCCACAAAAAGGAGAUGGCUGUGGCCACUGGGAGAAUGGAAGACAGGACUGAAAGCCAGCUAGAAGUGGCUGCCCCAGACCAGUGGACCUGGAGACUCGCCUGAUUGGGCUGAGACCUUUACAGUAUUUUUUCCCUUUUAAUGUACUGUAUUGAAAUUAAGGUGUUUGAGCCAACUCCUGCUUUUCUUUCUAGGAAAAAAAAAUGCCUGGAGUUUCUUAUACCCUCAGCAGAUUGUUAAUAAAUAAAAGAUUGAAUUCCAAAUGUUAGGUAUUCUAAAGAAAUCUGAAACAUCUAUACUUCUAGUUCUUUUUAAAUAAAUACCCCAAAUAGACUAAAAUGUAUUCAUACAACAGAAGGACAUCAAAAAAAAUAGUUUUUUGUGAUGAGUUUGAAAAAUGAAGUGUCUUAGCCUGCCAUGGGUUUACCUGUCUCAAAUCAGCAAAUUCCUGCUGAGUCUCAAGCACACGAGACAAGACACAGGAGUUAGGAAGCUCCGGCCAACCGAACAGUUCAGCAGUAGUGAAUCUCAAAGUGGACAGGCUCUGGGGAGCCUCCGGCAGAGAUGGAGAGCUGCUGGGCACCGUGCGUAGGGAGGGGUGUGGACAGAUGAGUAGGACACCCCCUCCUCCAGCUUCUCUUCUCUCACCUGGGAAGUAUUCCUCCCGCCUUUCCUCGGGCAGGCUUCAUGUAGCUCAGGGCUCCCCAACUCCCCAAAGUUGGAGCUGGGCAUGGCAGGAGGUAAGGGGCCAGCAAAUGAGUGAAGCUUUAUAUUUGUAGCUGGCUGCGUCUCUCAGGUCACCCCACCCCUCCCCCAACUUCGCCUCCUGUCCAAUCAGAAGCAGCAUUGGGUUCUCCAGAGAGUGAGCCCACCUGUGACCUGCAGAGGGUCAGAAGCUAGAGACUGAAAUGAAAAAGAAGUAAAGAGGAGCUGACCUGAAUACUGUCCCAUGGUUCCAGGUCUGUUUUAUGCACCAGCAUGAUCUGAUGUGGGGGAAUCUAGCUUGUAAGUUCCUUCAAAUCACCACCAAACCAUUCAUAAGCCAUCCUUCCCCCAGCUCCCGGAAAAACUGUCUUCCAUGAAGCCAGUCUCUUGGCACCACUGAUGUAGAUGGUUCCAGAACCAGAUGCUGCAUUGUGUGUUGAAGAUCCAGGGGACAAGGCCCCAUCCCAGCUUUUAGGAGGCCCUAGGCACAGAGGUAGCCUCGGGAAGGGUGGCCAUCAGAGGGGGGCAGCACACACAAGACAGGCAUGUGUGUGUGGCCAUCAGGCUGGCCUGUUAGGGCAGGAGGUUUUUUUUUUUUUUUUUUGUCUUUUUCGUUUUUACCGGUACCAGGGAUCGAACUCACGACUGCCUGCUUGCAAGGCAGGCGCUUAUGCCGCUGAGCUAAAUCCCCAGCCCCAUGGCAGGAGGUUUUGAGUGGCAGCAAAGGGCAAAGAGGAAAGAAUCUCACAGUUCCCGAGGGUCUGCGGUAUGUAAGGAACUCCUCCAUUGUCUGUGAAAGUAUGCAGCAGCUGUGCUCUCUACUGGGAUUUUUAUUUUGUUCUUUAUUGUAUUUGAAAAGAAACGGAGAUCAGAUGGGUUCAGUGGUUGCCCCAACACCAAAACACUGCGUAGCAUAGCUGAAGCGGAAGCCUGGCUAACCCACCCCCACCAUUUCAGGUUGUGUUCUCCAAGUUCUGUAGAAACUUUUCAGCAGUCCCAUAUUCAAAAAUACGCUUUCUGCCAUUUAAAUAAUCACAUAUAAUAGGCUCGAAUGUGUUGAUGUACAAGUAUUAGCACUCAGCAUUUACAAGCAGGUUUACCCUCGUUUCCAGAUUGGCCCACUUUGUGUAGAGACAAACCUACAAACCUUUCCUGCUGGUAUCUGUGUGCUUAUCCCAAACUCCUCUAUGUGUCCAUUGUUUAAAAGCUGUAGCACCUCAUGCAAGUUUAAGUCAGGGCCCCACGUGCAUCCUGUCCUGUGCCAGUCACAUCACUGUCUGCUCCAUGCUAGGCAAAGCUCUGAUGCAGUGAUGUACAUACAGUACUGUGGUAGAGCUGUGCACACUAUAAACCAAUUGCUUAGCUUCUGUAAACCUCAGUCUCCUCAUCGGAAGAUAGGGUGAUGAGAUUACAGGGUGGUUGUUAGCCUCAAAGGACAAAACGUCUUCUAAGCCCUUCGGUUGAUGUCUGGCACUUAGAAGUGGGUCAGUACAUUGAUGCUCCUGGGAUUUUCGUGCUGCUUGUUGUCAUCGUAAUGCAUGCUCUCCUCACUGUCCCUCCACUUGUGCAGGAACAAGUAAAGAUGUGACCUUCCAAUCCCCGUUGUGAUGCCUUUGCAUGACAAACCAUUUUUAGCCUUUUGGAUUGGUGGUGAGUAUUCCAGCAGCUGUUGACCAUUUUUGUUAGUGACUUGACUUUAAAACAACAUUGUAGGCUCGUUUAACUGAAGAAUACCUUGAGAUGAACACAAAAGCACUUUACCUAAGGUAUCGUUUGUCUUCCUAGAUGACUGUUUCUCAGUUCUGUUUUACCAGACUGGUGUGACUGUCAUCCAUUACAUCUUGAUUUCACGUGGUUUUGUUUCCCUGAAAAUGGCUUCAUGAUUGUCAUUUCCAUUGUAAAGUUGUAAAAUAAAUCUAUGCCAAUAAAAUUGUUACUUCCCUUUCCUGA